CGAAAACUUUCUGCUGUUGUGGAAACUUGUUAAGAAUCAGAGGGUAAGAUGUCUUAGUACACCCGGAAAGACCCUCCCUGGAGUCAUGGUGGUGCUGCAAGUGCUGGGCUAAAUCAGAUACAGCAGAACCAGUCAUCAUUAGGUGCCCAGCCUCGAGUAGUAGGUACCCCUACCACUGUCUAUGGUCAAUCUAUGGUGAGCAGUCAUGGGUUAGCAGGAGCUACAACAUUAUACUCUACUCCACAGCAAACCAUGCAACAAAGACAAAACAUUGCCAUACAACAGCAACAAGCAGCUGCCCAGAAUGCUGCAGCAGCAGCAGGUUGUCAGGGAGGUAUAACCCCUCAGCUACCAUUUAAUUACCCAACAACCAAAGCCACACAAGGAGGACAGAGAGUCUUUACUGGAUUAGUCACUAAGCUUCAUGAUGCAUUUGGCUUUAUGGAUGAAGAUGCUUUCUUUCAAACAAAUACCGCAAAAGGAUCCAUGCCCAAGAUUGGCGAGCGUGUAUUGGAUGAAGCUACCAAUAGUGCCAGCAUGCCAUUUACAUGUAAAUGGAAUGCGACUCAUAUACAACUCUUGAAUAGUCCUAUGGAGCAACAGGUUGCUCAGGCGCCACCAACACAACAGCAGCAACACCAUGCUACCAUGAAGAUUCAACAACUUAAGGAAGUGCUCUAUUGUGAAGAAGGGUUCAUCCAAACUUGUCUUAAAAACUCCAGAGUGUCACAGUAACAGGAGAAGAAAAUGAGGAAACCAAAGAAGACCAGCAAUGAAAAAGAAGAUGAAGCAGGUAUAGAUGAUGCACUAUUGGAAGACACUGAUGCAAAGGAAAUGGUUGAAUGUAUGAAGUAUGCCAGCCCAACCAAAGAAAACUUACCAA